GCGUGCGAGCCUCCCCACCCAGGGUGGUAUUAGUAUAAACAGAGAAUUUAGCGAAGCGGCGGUACCCACGCUCUUCGUUGAGGGUGGGUAACCAGCCGAGCACACCACUCACCCCAAAGAGGCUUGUUUGCUGUUUGGAGAGAGAAAAAAUGACGUGAGUGGCAGUACACCCGGCAAUCACCACCAUCAUGAGUGAUGUUGGUCACUCACAGGCUCACACGCUUGUUGUCCUCAGCUGCCCCGGUCGGUAAUUCAGUCGGUUUGUUCUAGGCUACUAUGUGAGAUCGGUUUUCGGUUUGCGCCUGUUUUGUCGCAUGAUUUUUGCCAAAGUAAAUUUUUAAUAUAGAUGGAUUCUCGUGAGUCUCUCGCAGACACGUGUGUGACAGUAAGGGGCAGCUAUAUCCGUCUAGCAUAUAUAUAUAUAUAGGGAGAGCUUUAUGUUUGAAUUAGGUAGCAGGCGUCAUGUAGGUUAUGUAAUUGGAAACUUUCGAUCAAGUUUUGCGGGAUUUUUCAAUGCCGAUCGGGUGGAAGCAUCUUUCGAGUUAGAAGUGUAAAAGUGUCGAGCAGUUUGGUUUAUGAAACAGAUUGUGGGUGUUCCUUUCCCCCGCUUAGACGUGUUGUAACAAGUGCCCCUUAUCAAGUGUCUGAUUCGCCGGUUCUGUGUUACAAUCUUCCAUAUGGUGAUUGCUUGGAAAUAACGACGACGACAACACGUAGCUCAGCAAACGCAGGAAUCCGCCAAGUCAUCGCUAUUAUUACUAUCAGCAGUACGGUAGUGGUGCGGAUAGCAACCUCCUGAUCCUCCUCCUCCUCCUACUAGUACUACCCCCUGGGGAAUCGCUGUCGCCCACCGGCGAAGAGAGUUCCAGCCGGGUUAAUUGAAUUUCCAAGUGCGGAAAGUCAAGUGCAGAAAGAGCAUUUUCCUCAUCUGGCUGGCGGAAUAUAUAGAGUGCGUGAAGAUCAACGCGCGUGUGUGUAUGUGUAUAGUUUUGAAGAAGAAUUAAAUUAGAAAUAAUUCACUGAAGAGGAAUCCUCGUUGAAGGGUAAAAUAUUCCACUCACGGUGCGUCCCAUCUAAUCUAAUAGUAAUUAUAGUGCACCGUGUGUCAGCCACGGGUUGAUCCGAUUGCAUGCCCAAGAUUACGAUGAGGGCGAUGAAGAUGAAGAUGAUGCUGUAAAGUGGUUCAAGUGAAAAUCAGCGGCAGCAGUCGGCAGUAGGUCCAAGUGAUUUGCCGGUGAAAUUAUGCAAUUGGUGCAAGUGAGCGAAUAAAUCUGGUCAGACACGUGUCCGAUGCGUCGAAAUUUCUGGUUUCGUAACGUUGAGUUGGACGGCAAACGCAGAAAGCGAAGAAGAAAAGUGGUAAAAAUUCAGAGCACACUUCGAAAAUAGUGGUUGGGCCCGCCAGGUGAGAGAGAGAGAUUAAUUGUCAAUAGUUAGCGGUAAAAAUUAUUAAAUCACGGUAGGAUGGCAGCGAUGACAGAUCCGGAAAAGGAUGCAUUUAUGAGUGAGUACGAGCUUGGAUUAGAGCAGUUCGUACGGAAGUGGCACGAGUCUCGGGAGGACAGCGAGACGUUGCCGAGUAGCGACAGCCUCCGAGAGCACACUUUAUCAUUAUACUACGGUUACGGGGAUUCCCUGGCUAAGGCUGGUCGCCUGAAAGGCGCUCUGGACGUUUAUGUCCACAUCAGUCGGUUCCUUGAGUCCGGAUUGAUUCCGGUGGAAAGAAUGAAACUUCUGACGAGUUCGCUUGUUGAGACCGUCAUCGCGAAGCGCAAUAGCGAGUCAGAUUAUGGCUGGAACCGGAUCGACAUCGUCGGUUCGGUUGAUCCACUCUGUUGCCCCAUCUGCGAAGAUGUCCUGCGUUACCCGAUCACGGCGACCUGCGGGCAUACCUUCUGUCGGCAGUGCUGCUUCGGUCACAGCGAAUGUGUCGUAUGCAAUCAAAAGUUCCCGACAAUUUCGGCCAGCUCGCAGCUGGGGUUGGGUUCAAUUUUGGGAAGUACCACGCCAAGGCGCAACGCGUCCAGAUUGACGCUGGUUUCGCUGGCAUCGUCAACGGCUACGUCAUCAACGGCGCUGAUGCAAAACCAUGCAAAACUGGCUCCGGCGGUGGCGCUCGAGAAAACAGCAGAAGAAGAUGAAGAAGGAGCAGUGGGAUGCAGUAGCAGUGGUGUGAGUGAUACUACUAGUGGUAGUGGUAGUAGUGGCGGCAGUAGUAGCACUACUAGUGUGGUUGGUUUCGAGCAGGAUAUAUUGGUCCGGCGACUGGUCGAACGCUGGUGGGGACCACAAUUGAAGGCUGCCGAGUUCAACGAUGAAGCCCAGCGGUAUCUGGAGAACAAUGCGCUGGAUGAGGCGUUGCGCUGCUGCAAUCAGAGUCUUGAGCAUGCCCCCACCAGCUACAAAGGUCUCCUGCUGCGGUCCGAGGUUCUGUACCGGUUGCAGCACUACCAGAGCGCACUGGCCGACGCCGACAAUGCCCUGAAAAGCCGUCCAACGUCGCACAAGGCACACUAUUACCGGGCCCUAUCGCAGUCAGCAAUGGGAAAAACCGAACAAGCCAUUUUAUCCCACUGCAUUUCCAUUUUCCUGGACAAACAGUCGAUGUGUGUAGCCAGCGGGAUAAUAGAUGAACUAGCCAAGGAUCUUCAAAAACUACUAGCGUCGUCACGUGCGGAGCCGGAACUCCCCACGUCCAUGAUGAAUCCACUGACCUUGCUCUUUGGUAAACCCUACCCGCUGAUGAACUCCCGCAAGAGACGGCACCAUCGGUUCCUGUCUGCCCAUAGGCACAAAGUGAAAAAACAAUUUCUAAGUCUGCGAACCAGCGACUUCGACGAGCAGCACUCCGACUGCUCCGACGAGGACUACUUCCGGUCUAGUUUUUUCGAGGAAAUGAAUGAGGAUUUCUACGGGCAGACCAUGAACCCUCCCCACCACCGACGGAAAUCCCUGACGGCGUACAAUCUGAACAUAUUUAACCCCCGAAUGGAUGAGCCACUUGAGCUCGUGAAGGGUUUCUUUCCGCCGCAACAACCGCACUCACCAGCAAUAAUCAUUCCAAGGCCCAACUCGAAACUAAGAUCGUUUGUUGAUCAAAUGACCCAGGAGCUGGAAUCAAUCCGAUGGGCUGAGGGAAACCCGGUGCGGUUACACGUUAAUCCGUUGCACGUGGAAGUGUCCGACUUUGAUUGUGUUCUUUGCUGUCGGACGCUGUGGAGACCUGUGGUAACUCCUUGCGGUCACACCUAUUGUUGGGUCUGCCUUGAUCGCUGCAUGGACUACUCGUCAUCGUGCCCGCUAUGCAUGGCACCGUUGGUGGAACAGUUUCGGCACCAUCUGGCCAGCAGUGCCGGUCAGUUCGCCCUGCUCACCGCCAAUCCUACUUUGAUCUCAUUGUCUAAGCGUAAGGUAACUCAAUUUUUGGAACUGGCCAUGCAACGGUUCAUUCCGGAUGCGUACGAGAAACGCCAACGGCAGGAACUGGACCGGGAACCGACGGUUCCCGUGUUCAUCUGCACAACUGCAUUUCCUUCGGUGCCAUGCCCGCUGUUUGUGUACGAACCCCGCUACCGGUUGAUGGUCCGACGGGCGAUCGAAAGUGGUGAACGGCAGUUCGGAAUCGCCCUCCCGCAGCAGACCGGUCGGCAGCGGUACGUGGAGUAUGGCACGAUGCUGGACAUCCGGGACUGUGUACAGUUGGGAGACGGAUGCUCGAUUCUGUCGACGGUAGGCGCACGCCGCUUUCGGGUUGUGGCUCGCCACGAAAAAGAUGGCUACGAUACGGCGAACGUGGAGUUUAUCGAGGAUGAUAAAAUCGACUGCGAGGGAGGAGCGAGCAAGGACGGUCGGGUGCAUUUAAUUCGGGAGUUGCAUGAGAAGGUGCUGCUGAAAGCGAUCGACUGGCACCGGAGCCUGUCGGAGAAUAUCAAGUGCGAGAUAUUCAAGAGUUUCGGUAAGAUGCCGGAUCUGGAGGAGAACUGGGAGGACGUGGUAGAUGGACCGGCGUGGGCGUGGUGGAUCAUUGCGAUUCUGCCGUUGAGUCAGCAUUUAAAGGUCGAUAUUCUGUCUACUACCAGCUUGGAGAAGCGACUGCGAGCUAUCGAUAAAACUUUGAACCUCGAAGAGUCAGCUCAGCAGAAACGGAAGCGUUCCGUGUGUGUUGUACCUUCCUCACCAGCAUCUCCACCGCCAGUGAGUUGCUGCGAUGGACUGCAGUCAACGGUUGCCGCCUCACAGCACCAGCACCAGCAGCAUCAAAAUGAUCAUAAUAACCACCACCACCCCCACCAUCGUCAUCAACAACAAUGCCAAGCAAUUGACUGUUGCUUACGAGAAAGAACUACCUCAACAGAUCAUCAUCAUCAUCAUCAUGAGGAUGACGAUCAUCACCAUCAUCAUCAUGACCACCACCACGAUAGUGAUAGAAAUAGUUCCGGGGAUCACCACCAUCAUCACCAUCUCAGCCAAUCGGUGGAAACGGCAGAAUAUUUGCUGUAAAACCUGCCCCCAUCUCCAUUCAGUCCAAAACAGAUACACACACACUAAACACUAGCGCACUAAACAAAUAAUCAAGUGUAAAGCAACUAAAUGGUUCUCUUCUUUUUGAAAUGUACAACAUUCGUACUCUCGUGGAUCAAGCAGUAAACCAAUUUAUGACCAUGUAACCUAAAAGCCAUAGAUCAAUAUGAUAGUCAAAACAAUUUCCUGUAAGAAAACAAACACAAGCAACCUUCCCUCGUAAAAUCUAUUUUUCUUCAAUUUAUAAUAACGACCUACUAAUAACCUAAGCAAGAAAGCGCACCAACUUGGAAAAAAGUCGAACAAAUCAGAUUGAGGUUAGGACUGUUCCAUUAAAUUUAAAUUCAAGUUUCAUCUUUACCAUGCCUCGCAUAUAUAAUCCAAACAAAGCUUUGAUCAUUCUAAAAAUUUUGAGCUUCAAUUCAUCAUACAAACACAAACACUCACACAAACCCACACGUUUCAAAGUGUUUCAAAUUUUCCCGUUCCAGUAAUCUAUAACUAUACUCAGCCAGUAAUGUUUAUCCUGUUCUUCGAAAUUUAGAAAGAAAAAAAAGUGUAUUCCAUUUUACUCUGCACGGAGAUUUUCUAUCUGCCUAAUAUCGAACGUUUCUCUAUUUCUCAUACUUUCUUCCUACUCGUAUCCCAUUUCUUUUUAGAUUGUGUUCUAUAACUUUUUUGCUUACGAUGGCUUUGAUUGGUUAGAAAUGCUUUGUUGUGUGGAAAAAUAAAAGGGAACAGGAAAUGGGCAGUGGCAUUCGUUAAACUUGCACACGCUAAAUGAAGCAUAGUACUGGGGCUCUAUUCCGGCGCCCAAAAGGAAAUUUUCCUCUGGUCACUAAGUGACGUGACUGUGAGAAUAGAAUCUCUGAACCCGCCUUUCUGCACUUAAUUGAUAUAAUUUCAUCUUUCACGAUUCCCAGCCGUAGAUCCUUCUUUAACCGGUUUUCGAUAAUGGUAGUCUGUGGAAAUCCCGGAUUACCAGUUGAUCGAAUUCGAUUCUCAAUAUCGUCUCUUUCCUAAAACAUGUUAUCACAAACUCAGCUUCAGAAUAUGCGACUUUCGACAUUAGCGAAUUCUUCUCCUGUUGCUUUUCCCGUACAUUCUGAGCCAGCUGUGUUGAACGGAUACGGUCGUGUUGAUUCCUCCGGUUCGACGCAGCUCGACGGUCGCACGUGUCCCCUUCACCUGUAUUUCAAGUAUCGUUUUCAGGCUCUCUUACGUAUUAAAGACGGGCUAAUUUUAUCUCCAAAGGUAGCAAUGCGAUCGCAGGUUUUUCUAUUUUAAAUUUGAUCUGUGACCAUCAGCUCUUAAAUGGUACAUUGCUGUAGGAUCGAAUGUUCUAUUUCUUCAAAUAGAAGAAUUGCGUUGCAGGCCCUUUAAUAGAAGACCUGCCAAAGAAAUGAGAAACAGGUCUGAAUUUAAAAAGAGACAGCCGUAGAUAGAAUUUAUAUUUCAAAUAACAAUGAUUGCUUUGAUUAUUUAUCACCAGUUGAAUCUUCAUCAUCACGCGUUCCUUUACUUGAUAUUAUGAAGAUGUUUAGAUUUGAAAACAGAAAUUUGCUGUAGUUCAUGUCUGCAGCCAUCUAAAAUAAUUAUGGAUCAUUGCACGAUGACGACAUCGAAGGAAAAAGUGACAGUUCAGUGAGCUUGUUUAUAAGGUGUUAGGGUGCUUACAGAGUGGCCGCGAGAAGCUGAGCAGGGGCUGGCACUGACAUUAAAAUGCGAGAUGCGAGAAACCUGCUUGCAGCAUAUCAAAUGGAACCUGUCAGAGUGAAAGCUGAGCGGAUCGGCGCCGACUGCCCGCUUUCACUCUGACAUCAUCCCUUUACUUUGCUGCAGGCAGGUUUCUCGCAUCUCGCAUCCUAAUGUUAGUUCCAGCUCCAGCUCAGUUUCUCGCCGCUACUCUGUAAGCACCCUUAGGCCGCUUACAGACUGGCGGCGAGAAGCUGAGCAGGGACUGGAACUGACAUUGGGAUGCAAGAUGCGAGAAACCUUCUUGCUGCAAACCAAAGGGAUGGUGUCAGAGUGAAAGCCGAGCAGGGGUGGCAUUGCGCAUCUUGAAACGAAAGGAUUAUUGUAUGCAAGCUUGUAUAAAAGAGUCGAUUCGAAAUGGUUCCAUAAUGUCACCCCAGAUCUGCGCCGACUACCUGCGUUUGCUCUGACAUGCUCCAUUUGAUUUGCUGCAAGCAGGUUUCUUGCAUCUCGCACUCUAAUGUCAGUACCAGUCCCAGCUCAGCUUUUCGCGGCCACUCUGUAAGCAGCCUUAGAAUUUAAAAGUGAUUUGAAUCAAGUUCCUCGCACAGAACAUUGCAUGAAAAUGUAUAACCUCACUUUUCUACCAGUUCAGAGAGCUUGUUUACAUGAAUUUAGAAAUUUUUUGCUUCCACCCAGUACGAGGGACUUGGAUCGAAUUCUAACACCAAUAUAAACAAGCUCGCUGAACUGUAAUUUUUUGAGCAUUUUUACUCAUAUGACGUCAUAUUGCAAUGUCUCACUGCAGUCAAAUAAAAACAUAAAAGUCCGUCUAAACAAGCUUUCGAAAUUGUCAAAAACGUGAGGUUAAACAUGUUCUUGCAGUGUUCUAUUGCGUUUUUGCUUAGGAUUGAAACUAAGUCAAUUGCGAACAUAGCUGCUGUCAAAUAGUUAGUCUAAAGCCAAUUCAGAAUCAAGAACCAUUGCUAUUGAAUAAAGCUAAAUAGAAGGUGAUUCCAAUCGGGUCCAGCAAAAAUAUUCGCUUGAAAAAAAUCAGCCCAAUGUUGGUGGAUAAGUUGUAACAUCACAGCCUACUACAAUUGAAAGGAAUCGUUGAGAAGGGCCAUUUGAUCUAUAUUUUAUUCUUCGUCACUUUCGUUGACUAGUCAAGUCUAGUCUUUGUCACCUAGAGUAGAUAUCGUAAGGCGAACCAGCUUAAAUCUGAAAUCAUCUAAAAUAAAGAUAUACAAUUUUUUCUAACGAAAACGAUUUCCAAGAAACUCCAUGUAUCAAACCGGUUUCCCACACAAGAUUCACAUUUAUUUAAUCGUUUCGUACUUGUACCUUGAGUGACAGAACAGCAUUCUACCCUUCUCAAACCGGCAAAACAUUUCUAACCUGAUCAGAGCCUUACAAUAAUACAAACAAACGCUGACAUCUAAACCCCUAUGAAUGUCAAAGCAAGCUUGAAAUACACAAUAAACCAUCUUAAAACAAGUGGAAAUAAAAGUGCGAGAGCAAAAAAUAACCGAAUAAACGGAAGUAGGAAGGGCGCUGUGAACGUGACGACAAUCUUGCUGCAAAGCUCCAAAAUAAAAACAAAAUCCGUAAGCAACCCUUGGGACGAAACUAAUCCAAUCACAAACAACCCCUGUUUUCCUUCCGACUGUAGUAGCAGGCGAGUGGAAGUGGAAACUAGUAAAGCAGUGAAUCGUAGAAAAACACUAGGAAGAAAAAUGUUUCAUCCUCCUCAAAUCAGAAAAAAAUUGUGCAGAAAAAUCUUUAGUAGAUACAAUAACAACCAAAACCCAUUUUAGCCAAGAGAUAUCGAUCUAGCUGAACAAAAAUACAAACGAGCAUGUAUUGAUGGAGUAACUAGGGAUGUGUGUGUAUAGUAGAAACUGUAAAGAUCUAAUCAAAUGUUGGAAAAAACAACGUGAACAACUGUUUUAAGAAACGAUUGGUUUAGGUAUCAUAUGAUUUUAUUUGCUCAGUGUUUAAAGUUUCGUAAUGGUUGAAGUAGCCAAACAAAAAUUACAUCUUCACGUACUAAUUAGUUGAUGUCUAUUACUGAUGUGGCUGCAGCAUGCAAUAUCUAAACCUACUCUUUCAAUAUAGAAACUCCGUUGCGCUGAAAAGUACCGUGAGAUUUUGACUAUUAAUAAUUUCCGUAGAACUGGGCGGAAUGACGUAUUGUUUGCGCUAUUUGGUCGAAAACAGUUCCAACAAUCUUGCAAUAAGUUUUGAGAUAUUUACAACGAGCAUAAAUUACGAAAAAAAUUGAAAAUUUGUUGAAGAUAUAUUUUUGAACCGCAGAAAUUAUAUUGAUGAUAACGCUACUGUGUCCCUUGAACGUAGUAGACUGCUAUCAACGAGCACAUCCACACAAAGCUAAAUGCAAACUUGAAUGGAAUGUAUGUGCCAGUUGCACACAAACUUGGACUAUCACACAAGUGUGGUCAUCCCUUGGGUAAAAAAAUUCAGUUCCACUUUCCGUAGAAUUGAGGGUACCAACACUAGCUUUUCAAAACAAGGAGAUAGAUUAUGGACAGAACUAUUGCAAAAUGCUUGUUCUACAAUUUUGUAGAAUGCAUCUUUCUUCUGUCUAUCCGUUGAAAAGAUAGUGCUAACGCCGUUAUGUUUUCUUACCAAAGCAUGAAUCGUAUUAUAUACUAAAAUUCUACCAUAGCACUUUGUUAAGCCCAACCACUUUAUCGCACAAAAUAAAGCUCGUAUGAAGAGACUACUGACCAUGUGCUGUUAGGCCCCAUUAAAAACUGACUCAGACAACCGUUAAAAGGUUAAUAACAUCUCUUAACAGUGCUUGAUUGACUUGUAGUCUUCGACAUAGUUACAGGCAAUAAAAUAAUGUUUCUUAUUUAUGUUUGCAAUGAUUUUUGUUGUGAUUUUUGUUUGCAAUUGCGAACUAGUGGGUUUUCUCGAUGCAAAUUGUCGAAAAUCUCAUACAAACUUUAAGUAAGUUGGUUUCCGUGCAGCCACUGCUGGUAGAACUACGAAUUGAUUCAGGGAUUUCGAAGAUUUUUUGUUGUCACUCAAGUGUGUAGUCCUUUAAAGUGUGAUACUAGUACACAUCCACAUCCAAUCGUAUAUUCAGUGCGCUUGUAUGGACUUCUAUGAUCGUCAAAUUUGUUGCGAAAUGCACAAUAGGUUUCUACUUCUGUCAAACAAAAAGCACUGUUGCUAAGCCAAGGUAAUUGCUCUCAGAAACGUUUGUUUCAAUAUUCUGUAUUUUUCCUAAAUUGACAUAAGCUAAAUUUAAAAUCUACUUUAACUGACAAAGCCUGAAAAAUAUUUUGUUUAGAAAUGCGAUAAUUAACCAAAAUUGACUCAAUUACUAAACAAAGUAUAUUCAUUUUUUCAUUUAUUUAGUUCAACAUCAAUUUCACGAUAACACGGAAUCCACAAUUUGCCUCCACAAUACUCGAUUUGUAGCUGCAGCUCUCCAGCGACGGUUACGCCCAACACUCGCCAAAUCACGUUCCACCUGAUCAGCCCAUCGUGCUCUCUGCGCUCCUCACCUUCUUGUACCAACCGGAACAUUAGCGAAUACCAUCUUUGCAGGAUUGUUGUCCGGCAUUCUUGCAACAUGCCCUGCCUACCGUAUCCUUCCACCUUUUGUAUACAGGGUUCGCCAUAGAGUGCAGCGAGCUCGUGGUUCAUCCUUCGCCGCCACACACCGUUUUCCUGCACACCGCCGAAGAUCGUCCUUAGCACCCUUCGCUCGAAAACUCCAAGCGCUUGCAAGUCCUCCUCGAGCAUGGUCCAAGUCUCGUGCCCGUAGGUAACCACCGGUCUUAUAAGCGUUUUGUACAUGGUGCAUUUGGUGCGGGGGUGAAUCUUUCUUGACCGCAGUUUCUUCUGGAGCCCAUAGUAGGCCCGACUUCCACUGAUGAUGCGUCUUCGGAUUUCACGGCUCACGUCAGCCGUUAAUAAGGAUCCUAGGUAGACAAAAUCCUCCACUACCUCGAAGGUAUCCCCGUCGAUCGUAACGCUGUUUCCUAACCGGAUCCUGUCGUUUUCGGUUCCGUCUACCUCAUAUACUUUGUUUUGGACGCAUUUAACACCUUCGCUGCUUUGCGUUUCAGGCAGGUGUACAGGUCUGUCACCGUUCAAAAUGUUCGGGCGAUAAUGUCCAUGUCGUCAGCGAAGCAUACAAAUUGGCCGAAUUUCGUGAAGAUCGUGCCCCGGCUGUUGAGCCCGGCUGGUCGCAUCACACCUUCCAGAGCCGUGUUGAAUAGUAGACACGAGAGUUCAUCACCUUGUAUCAGUCCCCGUCGAGAUUCGAAUGGACUGGAAAGUUCACCCGAAAUCCUUACGCUGUUUUGUACACCGUCCAUCGUUGCUUUGAUCAGUCGAAUCAGCUUCCCGGGAAAGCUGUUUUCGUCCAUGAUUUUCCAUAGCUCUAUGCGGUCGAUCUGUCGUAUGCCGCCUUGAAGUCGAUGAACAGGUGAUGCGUUGGGACUAGGUAUUCACGGCAUUUCUGGAGGAUUUGCCGUACAGUGAAGAUCUGGUUCGUUGUCGACCGGCCAUCGAUGAAGCCGGCUUGAUAACUUCCCACGAACUCAUUAACUUUAGGUGAUAGACAACGGAAGAUGAUCUGGGAUAGCACUUUGUAGGCGGCAUUCAAAAUGGUGAUCGCUCGGAAGUUCUCACACUCCAAAUGGUCGCCUUUCUUGUGAAUGGGGCAGAUCACCCCUUCUUUCCACUCCUCCGGUAGCUGUUCGGUUUCCCAAAUCCUGACUACUAACCGGUGCAGACAAGUGGCCAACUUUUCCGGACCCAACUUGAUGAGUUCUGCUGCGAUACAUCCUUUGCCAGCUGCUUUAUUGUUCUUCAGCUGUUGGCUGGCAUCCUUAACUUCCCUCAACGUGGGAGUUGAUUCAGUCCCGUCCUCAACUGCACUGACGUAGUCAAAUCCUUCGUUGCCUUGGUCAUCUGCACCUACAUUCUCCUCGCCGUUCAGGUGCUCGUCGAAGUGCUGCUUCCACCUUUCGAUCACCUCACGGUUGUCCGUCAGCAGGCUGGCGGCACGAAGCCUUUGCGGGAUGCGUUGAGCUUCUGGUAGAACUUCCGUGUAUCUAGAGAACGGCACAGCAGUUCCAUUUCCUCGCACUCCGCUUCGUCCAGGUGGCGUUUUUUCUCCCGGAAGGGGCGUGUCUGCUGCCUCCGCUUCUGUUUGUAUCGUUCCACAUUCUGUCGGGUUCCAUGCUGCAGCAUGACCGCUCGCGCUGCAUUCUUCUCCUCCAAAACCGCUCUACACUCCUCGUCGAACCAAUCGUUCCGUCGUCUCCGUACCUCGUACCCGACAAUGUCUUCAGCUACAUUGUUGAUGGCUGCUUUUACUGUUCACCAGCAGUCCUCUAGAGGGGCCACGUCGAGCUCUCCCUCGUCCGGUAACGCUGCCUCGAGGUGCUGCGCGUAGGCAGCGGCGACAUCUGGUUGCUUCCGUCGCUCCAGAUCGUACCGAGGCGGCCGUCGGUACCGUGCAUGAUUAAUGACGGAUAGUUUUUGGCACAAUUUAACUAUCACCAAGUAGUGGUCAGAGUCGAUGUUAGCGCCACGAUAGGUCCUGACGUAGAUAAUGUCGGAGAAGUGCCGUCCAUCGAUCAGGACGUGGUCGAUUUGCGAUUCCGUCUGUAGCGGUGAUCUCCGGGUGUAUCGAUAAGGGAGGCUGUGCUGGAAGAAGGUGCUACGAAUGGCCAUGUUCUUGGAGGCGGCGAAAUCAAUGAGUCGAAGGCUGUUCUCAUUCGUCAGCUGGUGAGCGCUGAACUUCCCAAUGAUGAUCUUGACGUCGUGGCUUGGGCAGCGGUCGUAUUCUCGGUCGAGCUGCGCGUAGAAACCGUCUUUGUCAUCAUUGGUGCUUCCGGAGUGAGGGCUGUGCACGUUUAUUAUGCUGAUGUUGAAGAAACGGCCCUUGAUCCUCAACUUGCACAUUCUUUCGUCGAUCGGCCACCAACCGAUCACGCGCCUUUGCAUAUCGCCUAUCACAAUAAAAGCUGUCCCUAGCUCAUGUGUGUUGCCGCACCUAUGGUAGAUGGUAUGAUUACCUCUAAACGUUCGCACCAUGGAUCCUGUCCAACACACCUCCUGCAGCGCUACGAUUCCGAACCCGCGGUCCUUGAGAACAUCGGCGAGUACGCGGGUGCUCCCGAUGGAGUUGAGAGAUCUGCAGAUCCACGUUCCAAGCUUCCAAUCGCUAGUCCCUGUUCGUCGAAGUGGUCGUCGCCAUUGGUAUGAUUUACAUUCUUAUCUUGUUGACUUUUCGCUGCAAUUGUUUUUUACGGCUGGCUCGCAGGGCCUGACACCAACACCCUAACUUUCCGGAAGACCAUAGCGCACAGUUGAGCUUAGAGUCCUUCACUGGCACUCGGACGAUGAUCAGCCGCCCCUAACAUGGGUAACAGACGCUGUUUUGAGCCGCUCCUCCUGGAGAUCAGACGCUCAGGUUUGCAGCAGCAAACCCUCCCUUCCCUGUCAGCCUACGACUAAAGUUCCCACCGGGGUUGGUUACCCGAUCUUCCCUAAGGUUGUUCGUAGUUCCCGGCCAGUACCACGGGGAGGUAGGGAUAGGAGUUGUUGGGAAGAUGCUCUGUCUUACGCAUUACCCAGCCUUUACCGAGCCAACAAAGUAUAUAAAAAUUGUUCAGACAAUGUACUACCAAUUUUCAUUCGGUUCUUUAGGCCACAGUCCCUGCCCAAGGUAGAUGUAUGUCCCCAUCAAAAAGUCAUAACGUGCGAUGAAGAUAAUUCUCAGAUCGUAGCUGGUGACUAUAAAGCUGCCAUUAAUGUUAUGUGAGAAUAACUCCAUGUAAAUAAUGUUGACGUUUCGUUGACGUGCUCUACCGGUGCCCGAAGGCGGACGCAUUGUGUAAAUCGUACUCAAAACAAAGCAUUCAUUAGCCGCAUGGGAGUGUGUCAUCGUUUAAACUAAGCACUCCUUAUAGAGUUCUAUGCUAAUCAUUGCACACACACUACUUAGGGAUAUGUUUUCUUUAGGGUUGUCACCCCUCCGUGUUUGACUCAGAGACUCCGGUUUUUGGAGACGAUCUUCGGACCUCCGGGUUUUAUAUCAAUUUCUUCGGGUCUAGUGUAACGAUGUAUAAUUUUAACUAAAUUUGUUUGUUUGUUCGUUUUUUUCUGGUGUUAAUGUUGGCUGUACCUACAGCAGUCAUUAACUGUUGACCAGAGCGAAAAGCUUCGUUCCUUUGUUGGAACCUCCCUAGCGACUGUGACAGCGAAUCACCGAAUUCGUGCCCAGCAAAAAAUCCGGAAGACAUUUUGGUGUGUUUCCCAGACGUUGCCGCUUUUCUGCCUGCUUCGCCCUGCUUAUACUGUUAGUUGUGGCAGAAGGAAAGCCUCGAUCGGUAUAUCCUCCACAGCGAGAGUACCCGGUGCUUUUGGAUUUUUUGUCGUUACCUGGGGAGUUGAAAUUUCACACCUAUGUAAAUCCACAGAACGAUUUACGAACGCGAAAAAUUUACAGUUUAAUUAGGUAGAUCUAGUUUCAACGUAUACUCGUGCUUCUAUAAAAGCUUAUCCCAGGACAGUAAAAAUCUCCGGGUGAAAGUCUCGCCGGAGCUGGCAACCCUUUUUUUUCCCCCAACUGUCAUAUGAAUUGAAACAGUUGCAUUAAAUAGCAUUAAAACUGGCGUUAAAAUGCUGUGUGUCUCUGUGAUGCUUGUUUCGGAGCCUUAAAAUACCGGUUGAUCAAUGUUUAUCACAAAAAUAAUCCUGGCGAGACGCUGUUUUCGAUUUGUUUUUCUUCACCUAUCAGAACAUUAUGGCAGUUGGAGGAAAGCAAAUCGGUCAUCACACUAAUACAGUUGCACAUUAGAAAGUUCUAUAUCCACCAUAUCUCAUACAAACUGACAUAUCCCUCUUGAGAAGUGUUGCCAAUCCUACAGAUUUUACCGUAAAUCUGCUGAUCUUCUUUCUGACCUUUUCUUUGGAUUUGCGGAUUAACUCGUGGAAUCUACUUUUUUCAGAAAUUUACGUACGUGUACGCCCAAUAAUUUCUGCACUUCCUUACACUAAAGAUUGGUUCACUUUUCAUGGCAUUCCUUAACCCUGACAUCAAAUUUAAAGUCAUGCAUGCUUUGGUCGAUUGGAUCUGUAAUCAAUUGAAUCACAAUCGGUUAAUGCAGUGAUUCUUAACCUUUUAUGUGCCACGGGCCUGGGCUCUGAAAUCACUGUUGGUUGUGGCGGACCCCCACGGUCUGUUGCGAAAAUUUGUUUGAAAUUCCAGUAUGCACCCGGAAAAGAAAUUCUUCUUCCCAGACCCCGCAGAGUAUGGUUGGAUUCCGAUAUGUCGGAUGAGAGAACAUCUUAAGUUAUAUUCAGCGGUGAACAUGGAUGAGAUAGUUUACGUUCGUGAACAUCCCACACUCGAGGAAUAGGCGUGUGCGAGUUUUUUUCGUUCAAAAUUGAAACAAAAUCUUAGGCAGAGAUGGUCAUGCAAACGAAACGAUGAUUGGAAUUUUUUCGAACAAACGAGAAAUAUCCGUCGCGAUGAACUUCGUCGGGGAACUACACAGUUCACUUACAUUCAUCGAUUAAUUUCCAGGUGCACUAGCGUCAUUAAAAAAAAAAAACACUUGGGUCAACCAAAAUCAACCCAUUUUUUCGAAGAAUCUGUCUGAAUCGAUAACAUACUAUGUACGACAGGUUUUUGUAGCAGAGCAUUAGUCUUCCAGACUAUGUGCCUGUUAUUUAUAAAUCGGGAUAACCAGCUCUGACCACAAUUCGUAUCGGCCGAUUCCAACACUAUGCCACUACGCCUAACAAAUUUGGUCAUGUUGAGGAACGUGUUAUCCAAAUUCCAUUUGGCUUUCGCAGGGAAGGGUUUGAACUUGUGCUGCUUUAAAAGAAACAACUAGCAUUCCCUUUAAAGAACGAAUGACUACUGUAUUCUUUGUUAAUAAGAGAACAUCUGAUUCUGAAGCAAUUAUUAUCUCGGAUAAACCUCCAUUAAUUAGUAUAACUUGAAGCGGCUACAUGGGAUUUCCACAAGGCUUUUGUGCAAGUGGGCUUAGAUCUUUACAAUUUCUACUUGAAUGACAUUGAUAAAUAUCUGACCAAUUCAUAAAUUCCGAUACAAAUGGCAAAUUAUUGUGUGGUUGUUGUCACAGAGCUACAGAUUUGCAAAAAAACAUUUGCAAGGUAUCGUUGAAUAUGUUUGCACACUGGCUGUAAGUUUGGGUAUCGAGUUCUCUAAAAAGGACAGCGAGCUGGUUUUCAAUUAAGCGUGAUCCAGUACUCAGUUGCAGGAGUUGAGUGGAUUGAAGGUACAGAGGUGACUGAUCGGUAGCAGUCUAAUGAAUGUGACUGAAGUCAAAUGUUAAUUUUUCAUUAUUCAGUUUUCAGAGGUUUAUGACGAAACCAUUUUCACUGUCUUUUGGCAUAGAGGGGAUAAUCGUCACCUACGGGAACAUAACACUUGGAUGAGUGAAUUCACGAGUUACUCUGGGUGACGAUGUUCUUCUUGGGAUGUAGAAAUGUGUCUAAAGUUUUGAACAAAAAGUAGCGAUUUUCUUUGCUAAAAUUUUAGAAUUUUCGAGCAUUUUUGAUUUUGGGAACUGAAUACUGAAAAUCAUCAUCAAUAUGGGUUAAUUUGAAAGGUAGUGUCAGUAUGUGUUGGAAAUUAGCAAUAGAUGUCAUUUUAAAAGCCAAAAUGGUGGCUUCUGUUUACCUCAUAACACUAGAAACCACCAUCAAAAAGAGUAUCGUUUGAAAGAAGGUCGUUUAAGAGAUAACGAAAAUUAAUGAAAUACGCCAUUUUGAAAUCCAAUAUGGUGGCUUCCAGUAUCCGCAAAAUACUGAAAAACUAUUAUUACUAUUGCAUUUAGAACUGCUGGUCAGUGAAUGACAUAAAUUAAUGAUUCACGAAAUUUGGAAAGCAAGAUAGCGGCUUCUGGUUACCUCGAAUCACGGCAAUUCAUCAUAAAUAUGAAUGUCACUUGAAAGCGGAUCUCGGAAAUAGAUAGUCUUUUUAUAAUUCGUUUGUUUGGCACGGCUCAUUGGCAGUCUUCCCAAAUGAAUAUCGAACACCAUGUUCGCUCUAGUUCUGUACCCAUCUUAUACUCACAUUUCGUGUGCAAACUCGAACGCGCUAAUGUACGAACCCUAUGUACGUACGCGGUGUUCGUACACACAGGUUCUUGACACUAGUUUUCUCUUUCUCUCACUCAUCGUCACUAGCAUUGACUCAUUCUGUUUUGUGUGAGUCUUUCUUGUGUACGCACACGGUGUACGUACACGGUGUUUAAACCUAAGUUUGCACAUCGUUCGCUUGGGUCCGGUGUUCGAUGCAAAACCUGUACACAAAUGCAAAUAAUGUUUGAGGUUGAACGCGUGCACGAAAUGUUGUACACGGGUGCAAGCUUGUCGAUGUUCAAGAGAAGACUGCUCUUUGGGAUAACUCAUCGGGGCCAUGGGUCUUUUACAUGUUCACAAUAUGUAAAAAUAAAAACCAAUAGAAAACAAUAUUUGUGGGUCCAUCUUUCUAUUGGUCGCAGAAACUUUUUUUCGCGGCGGGAAAACAUUUGGUUGCCCGCCUAGUGCAUCUUGAGGGUCAUUUAUUUUUCUCUUGUCGUUCAGAUUAAUGUCAGCAACGUUAAUGUUAAUUGCCUUGUACACAUACGGGUCGUAACCCGUCUUUAUACGUUUUAACAUUCUCGUUGAUAUAGGGGCGCUCGGCUCUACAUUUGUAGCGGCCGUAGCGUGCUUAUCUGGUGCCCUUAGUGGAGUCUCAGUUUUGCGCUAUCAUGUAUAUUCAUGAACUCAAUUGACGCUAGGUGUUUGAAGGCGGGUAUCAAUGGCAGAAUUUUAUGAGCAGACUCACCUUAAAAGCAAUACCACAUCGAAGAAAGUUUUUAUGCAAAUUUCAGCUCAAUCAGAAAAAACACCAAGGGCCCUUUGAAACUUUAAAACAAGAAUUGCGUAUUCUUCACACCUAGAACAAAAUCGUGUGAAUUCAAGUGCCGUCAUGACGUCCCGGUUAUGUCUCAGACAUUUUUUACAUAUGCAUCGUUUUGCAGAUGCAAAUAUAACAAUGAAGCUUUUAUGAACCAUUUCUGAUAAAGGUUUUCACACAAACUUCAAAGAAAAUCGGUAGCAUUCAGUCAUACAUCAAGUGAAGACUGUUCACCACAUUUUUGCUUCACUAUCCUCUGACUUGUCUUUCAAUUUAUUAUUCUCCCGUAAUUUCUGUCUCUUUCUUCGUCUGCUUUAAAUUUUCGCGUUGUGCCGAGCUCCAAGCUAAAAUAUAAACGUUCCUGAAAAAACCCCAACUGAUGGUAAAAUGGAUUUCGAACAAGAUUCGUCAUGAAAAACCUCGAUUUACGUUUUAAAAUCAUGAAUAUUAAACGAGGUCAGACCAUAUCUGAUCUUCUAUCGGAUCAAAUAUAAUCCGCUAAAUAUUCUAAAUAUUUCGAAAAACUCACGUAGCCGUAACAGAUGUAUCUCGUACGCCCGCACAGAUAUAUAUUAUAUUUUGUAUAAAGCAAGCAAAUUACGUUACUGGCGACAAGUUUUUUAUGAAGGACUACCGCGUCUACAUACCCGCUCACUGAAGUGAGAUCGACGGUGUAGUCAUCGAUUCGAGUUUGUCAUGCGUGGAUUGAAACACGGGGUUAGUAGUUGUUCCGGCGAGCAAAAAUUUCCAGUGGCACCUUCCAGAUUGAUCGCCAAAUCUACCCGAACCUUCACUGAGCAUAUUUCUUGGUCUGUUGGAUUUACAGGUCACGACCGUAUAUCUGAUUUGUUUGGCUUGUUUACUGGUGGAGCUGUUUGUUGGAUUGGAGGUGCUUGGGGCAGUCUUCAUUGUGUGGUUAUUUGUUGCUCACUGAAAAGCAGCUACUGUUCGAACGUUGGUUUGUGAAUUAGGUGAAAUAGUUGAAGGAUAGAUUUGAUUGCAAUAAAUGCAUUUUCCCUAAUAGCUUCCGUGGAGCGAUUUUUAUGGUGUGCCGUAGAGAGACAAGAAAAAAAUAAUCCCUGUAGACCCACAGCUGUGUCGAUUCUUAGCCCCAGCAACAGUGUUUGCUAAAAAUUUCAACCAAAUCAGGCAACUGUAAGUUCGGGACCAUUGUACUUGAAGUUUGUAUGAGAUUUGUUAUCGCCAGAGAGCACUGUAUGCAUCAGAUUAUCGCCGCAAGAAAGAAUGAGAAAGAUAAUUUUAUUUGCUUAACACUUUAUCGAAGACCGCAAAUCAAUCCAGCUUUGUUAGGAGAAAAGUUGGAUUUGAAUGUUUCGUGUUCCACUCGUCAGUAACUGACACCAACUUGCUGCCAGUCUGACGACAUAUCCAAACUAACGCCAAAUUAGCGCCAUUUAGACACUAAAUCCAAACAGUUCACACAACAUAUUUAAACGUCUAAAGCAACUGGCUGGUACCGAGUGAUGUCUCGGUUAUCCAAGCACUGAAUCUGUGGGUCGAUUACAAGUAUAGGGAAACGAACUGUCUUUUGGUAUAAGAGGAAACGUCACCUUAUCUUAAGGUGUUAUUAUGUCAAUAUCAAGUGUUUGGAAAACAAUUCCCAAAUUUUCGAUUUUAGUUCACUAAAAGUCAUUUUCUCGUUAAAAACAGGAAACUCAUUUUUCUCCUAUUUGAAGUUGGGCCUCAUAUAUUGAACGAUAUCAGUACAUACUGAAUGUCUUAGAUGAUGAAACUGGAUAAUGGUAUUUUCCUUAAACUCAGUUUCGCUUGUAGUAAAUAUUCUACUUCACUAAUAUUCGGAAAAAUACCACAAAUAGAAAUCCACAACCGCUGUAGUGGGCCGGAACAGCGAUUUUUCGUCAAAUUCAGUCCUGAGGGCUUGGAUAAAAGCGACGGUUAAUUUGUUAUCGAGACAAUGCAUACUCAAUCAAGGCGAGUGCUAGUUAUCGUUUACUCGGGUUUGCUGCUAGCUCUCAGACUCAAGCAGAAGUCGGUGCUGCUGGGUUGCCCCAAUAUCGAAGAUUAGGAAUAGGAUUAAAAUUCCGGUCACAUCCCAUAUACACCCGGAUUCUCAACUGUAGUUCUCCAAAGAGUAGCUGAGUCGGGUAGCUCCAUCAUGGACUAAACGUCACAGUUCGCUUUGCAACUUAUCAAAUUGAACCCGAUGCUGCAUCAGUGACAAAGCAUUCAAAUUGACUUUUUAUCUGUACAUUAAGCCUUAUAAAUGAAACAACCUUGUUUUUGUGUUUUUCGUAUUAUUAAAAUUUAUAAUUUUAAAUUGUGUGUGAAACAUUGAAGAUAACUCACAAUGUUUAAUGGAAAUGACUGCCAUCAUUUAUCAAAUCCAUUAAGAAAUUUAUUCUCUGAGUUUUACAUAGACAGUCUUCAAAUCGAUUAUGGUUUCUGUCUGCACUUCCUGAUUGUAUUGCCAGCUACCAAUGCCACUUCAGCUCCCAUGUUCUAGCACAGAACUGGACUAAUGGAUAAGUUUCUGUAUUUUAAAACAGUAACAGCAGACGUUUCUUGCCACUACUGCUAAAACAAUUCAUUUGUCAUCACCCGGUUUUAUAUGAUUUCGCUUAUCGCGAGGAAAUAAUACGAUGAAAUUUAAAAAACUAGAACUCGUUUCGCUUGUUCGGAUAAACCAUCUUCUUUUGUGAUACCAUUCAUCAAACUUCAUGCAUUGCAGCAGAUUGCUUUCUAGCUAGUGUUUAGAUUUAAUAUAGGUUUUUAAAAUUUCCUUACUUAGCUACCCUAAUUUCAUGUACUCCACAAAAACAAAACACAUACACACACACAAACUGGCCAGGUUUUUAGUUUAACAAAAAGAGUCAAAUAAAUAGAAACCGCGCUACACGCGACGAUUGCAUUUCGGCACUGAUGGUUCAAUACCAUCCCGGCAACUUCCCCUAUGUGAUAAAGUGAAUUAAAAACAAUUGCUGUCGAAUCGUGAUAACUGCAAAACCCCAAAAUCAACUGCAAUCACAGAGAACAAAAAAAAGCUAGGUAACUAACUACCUACCUCCGUAGGUACCAGCAAAUAAUGAUGAUGAUUAGGUUUAUUUAGUAGAUAUGUUUUCGUACGUGUUGUUUCCCAUUGGUCGUUGUAAGCCCCUAAAAAGGAGCCUCCUCCUUUUCCUACUCGCAGCAGUCGAGAAAAGGAAAGCUUCACUCGGUACUGGCGAAUGGUUGCGAUAAACAACCCGUAUGCAGGUGAAAUGAAGGAAAAGUCAAAUGUAAUUAGUUGAGCUAAAUUAUUGUCCGUUGUGUCAUUUGUGCGGCGGAACCAGACAGGCAGGCAGUACCGAGUGGACAAGGCAAGAGGAAUGUAAAUUUUAGAAAUCCAACACCUUAUUCAAUGUAUUUCAUCUUAUGAACCUUUAUAUUUAUCGCGAAAUGAGUAAAUUCAUUUCUCCACAGCAGACAAAACAAGUGAAAAAUUGUCAACAAAAAUAGAAAACUCUUUUCAAAGUCCUAUUUUCUAAAAGUGGAUCUAAUAAAUUUUCGAAUGUAUAGUGAAAAAAAA